CUAGCGGAUCUCCGCUGUUAACGGGAGUCUGACGGCAGUGUAACGGUCUUCUACUUGAACCCAGCUCACUUACAGCAGAAAACAUGAACAAAAUCAUUCUCGCCUCCUUUGUGCUUGCUCUUUAUUUCGCAGUUGGUCAUGGCCUGCAGUGUUAUGACUGUAAAUUGGGUUUUUGGGAUUUUUGCUUUACAACCAAAAAGACAUGUGAUGCUGGCCAACAGUGCUUCAGUGGAUUAGGGAAAGCAGGUGGUCUUGUGGAUAUAAAGACGAAAGGAUGUCUUGAGCUGUCCAAAUGCAACAAAACGGAAGCGACGACUUUUCCAGCUAACUCAAGCACUCAGAUAUACCAGAUGACCAAGACAUGUUGUGCUACUGACCUGUGUAACUCAGGUCACAUUCACAUCUCUGCUGUCAGCAUGGCUUUCACUACCAUCACUUCUGUGUUCAUGGCCAAAUUGCUAAUUUGAGGAGGAUCAUUUUAGCUUUCAUAUUUACAGAGGAAAUCAUGCAUAGUAGUAUAACCGCAUCCCUGUUGCUUUAAUAUAGCUUUAAAGAAGGCAAUAUGAAACAUUAAUAUAAUGAAUAUUUAAAUUGGGUUACACACUGGAACUUGAAUAGCAGUCAAUCCUAAAUUAAUGUUUUCAGUUGUAAAAAUAUGGCACAACAUACCAUCAAUUUAGGCAGGUUUGCAUGUAAUAAUCAGCAUCAAGUAACAUUCUGAAAAAGGGUUACCCAUAAAAUCCUUGUUAAAUUAAUGUUUUAUCGCUGGUAGAAUGUUGUUGUCUAUUUUAUGAUUUUUAUCUGCAGGAAAACAUACUUUAACAAUAGUUUAUGGUCUUCUAUUCUGGACCAAAAUUUUAAUGCUUGCAUUAUGUUUAGGAAAUUGUUUAGUUUAAAUAUUGGGGAUUUCAUGCAUUGUAUUUUAGAUGUAUGCCUUUUUUUCCAACUAUAAAGUCGUUUUUUAUCCUUUACUGGAAUAAAUGUGUGAAAACUUCACCAACAGGAUCUACAGAAUGAAGGCUUAUGUUUACAACUGUCUGCAAAGCAAUGAUAAGACCUUUGCCCUAUUUCAACAAAUUAUCUGUUUAAGCUGUCAUUAUAAUGUGUGCUGCCAUUUCAAUAUAAGAACAAUAAACCUGUUUUAAAGACACAAAA